AAAGAUUUUACCUAAUUUCUGUUUGCAGAUCCCAGUGACUUGAUGCUAAGAAUUUACAGAGCUGAGUCAUAUGUUGGCCUCCAAGAAUAUAAAACAGCCAUAGAAGAUCUAAAUUUUGUUAUUUCUAAAAUGCCAAAUUGGCCAGAGGUCUACUUUCAGAAAGGAAAAGUGCUGCAAGACUCUGGCUUUGUAGGUGAUGCCUUACAAUUGUUUCUACAGUGCUUAGCCCUUGAUGAGGACUUUCUUCCAGCCAAGCUAGAAGUAGAAAAGAUAUUGUGUGAUGUUUUGUCACCAGAGAAGCUAGGUGAGAGUCUGAAGGAAUCAGCAUGGAAUUCACCCCAUAUUAGAAAUAAACCCUUUAUACUUGGAUCUGAAGUGACUGCAUCUUACUGCAAUUUACAGCUUUGUCCUCUGCAGAGUUUAGGAGGAUCGGAUGUACUGGAGCCUGUGAGUGGAAGCUUAAAUCGUGCACAGUCUGCCCAUGCUCUUAACUCAACAAAAGACCUAGCCAAGGAAGAUGGCUUAAAGAGAGUGUCUUCUGAACCCCUUCUCUCUGGCCAAGGAAAAGGUGCUUUGUUAAAAAGAAAGCUUUCCUUUUCAGAACAGGAUACAGUUGUAUGUGAAGAUGGAAGAAACAAACACAAAAAGCAAGGAGAAAGUACAAAAAGGGACAUGACACUGGCUUUUGGAACAAUCCCAGGGGAUUUGAUUGAUGUAUCAGAUUUUGAGUGCUCCCUGUGUAUGAGGCUAUUCUUUGAGCCAGUAACAACCCCUUGUGGACAUACUUUUUGCAAAGGUUGCUUGGAACGGUGUUUAGAUCAUGCUCCACAGUGUCCACUCUGUAAGGAGAGCUUGAAAGAGUACCUUGCAAGUAGAAAAUAUAGUAUCACAGAACUGCUGGAGGAAUUAAUAAUGAAAUAUUUGUCUGAUGAAUUAUUUGAGAGAAAAAGAAUUCAUGCUGAAGAAACUGCAGAACACUCCAACUUGACCAAGAAUGUUCCAAUGUUUGUUUGCACUAUGGCAUAUCCUACUGUGCCUUGCCCUCUACAUGUAUUUGAGCCAAGAUACCGACUCAUGAUUCGCAGGAGUAUGGAAACUGGAACUAAACAGUUUGGAAUGUGCAUAAGUGAUUCUCAAAAUGGUUUUGCAGAUUAUGGUUGCAUGCUGCAAAUUAGGAACGUUCAUUUUCUACCUGAUGGACGGUCUGUUGUUGAUACCAUUGGUGGGAAGAGAUUUAGAGUUUUACGGAGAGGGAUGAAAGAUGGUUAUUGCACUGCCGACAUUGAAUAUUUGGAAGAUGUUAAGGUUGCUGAUGCAGAAGAACUACAGAAAUUGAGAGAGCUUCACAAUUUUGUUUACAAUCAGGCCUGCAGUUGGUUCCAAAACUUAAGAAACAAAUUUCGCACUCAAAUUCUUCAGCACUUCGGACCAAUGCCUGACAGGGAGGAAAAUAUACAGGCAAUGCCCAAUGGUCCUGCUUGGUGUUGGUGGCUUCUAGCUGUUCUCCCAGUAGACCCCAGAUACCAGCUGUCAGUUCUCUCCAUGAUGUCUUUAAAAGACCGUCUGAUAAAAAUCCAACAUAUACUCACCUAUUUUUCUAGAGACCAGUCCAAGUGACUAACCGCCUGGUUCUUCCUGAAAAGUUACUCUGUUCUGGUUGUAGUAGCAGCUGGAAUUUUUGCUGCCUUUGCACAUCUAGCACUGGUUUGAGAAGUGUAAUGGAACUGUUUUUUCUCUCCACCCUCCUGGCUUCCUGAACCACAUGGUUCAUUGGAUGCACACUUUCUUCAACUAUGAGAGAAGACCACUGACAAUUGCACAAAGUCAACCCAGCUAGAUAUGUUUUCCACGUUAUCUACAUUAAAAUUUGCACUAUGUAGAAAAAAACCUUUUUGAGACUUGAUCCUUUUAGCAGUUGACUUUUCUAAGCUGUGGAAGUACAGGACUUAAGGCUGACAGUCUAAGUUUACAACAUUGAGGAGGUAAUAAAGGUUUUGCAAAUGUUUGCCUCAAACAACUGUUUUUUUGCUGUUUG